GUAUGCACUAUGCACUUGGUGAGCGAGAAACAGUUUGAGCGUCAUGUGGAGACAGAGAGCUUUAUUGGUGUUCCUGUUAUUACUAGUCCACCAAAUUUGUGCUACCAGUGAGCAAGAGCAUGCUUGCCCCCCUUCUUCCUGUGGCAAAAUCACCCACAUAACUUAUCCAUUUCGAUUAAAAAGCGACCCAAAAGGUUGCGGCAACAGGUAUGAGCUAGCUUGUGAAAACAAUGUUACGGUGUUAUAUUUGUACUCUGGAAAAUAUCAUGUGCAGGCUAUCAACUACAACAAUUUCACAAUCCGAGUGGUGGAUCCGGGUGUUCAACAGCCAAAUUGCUCCUCCCUUCCUCGCUACUUCUUGUCUCCAACCAAUUUCAGUGAUGUUUAUAGUUUCUUCGAUAAUGAGGUGGAUCCAUACCUAGCCUUUCAAAAUCGAGAUUAUUCUUGGGAGCACGUUUUCCAGCAUAUAGUUUUCUUAAAUUGUAGGCACGCAGUGAUUGACAAUGAGAAGUAUGUGGAAACUGAUCCUUGCAUCAAGUGGCACUCCAAAGGGUACAUAUACGCUAUUGCUGGUGACUUAAUAGCAAAGGACUUUGAAGUUGGUUGUGAGGUAAAGCUGGUUGCUCCCACAUCAUGGUGGGGUUUGGAUACAAAUAAUUCUUCAUACACUCAGAUGCACAGAGCGCUUCUCUAUGGAUUUGAGCUUUCAUGGAUGAAUCUCGCCUGUGACCAUCAUUGUGGAUAUUCCACCUGCGCACUUGACACUUCCAGUCAGAUGCUUCAAUGCUCCCGUGGCAAUUUCCUGGGAAGGGAGUACCCUCCUAAGUACCCUCCUGAGUACCCCACUGAACGAGGGAAAUUGUCCAAGCUGCUAUCAUAUGCAGAAGGAGCUGUUUUUGCUGUCAAAAUAGGAUUGUUUAAAGCUAUAAGACACCCAGAAUUUGAAAGUCGUCAUUAUUCUGCGUAUGCAUAUCACUCAAUAAUAUUUAUUACCUUUGGACACUACAUUCUACCAUACUUGGUAGGCAAGUUUUUGUUUGGGAUGACAUUGUUUAUUGUGCUUUUGAUAUACAAAUGGAGAAAAAGGCAUUUGUCAAUAUAUGAAAAUAUUGAAAAUUAUCUGGAACAAAAUAACUUGAUGCCUAUUGGAUACUCAUACAAAGAAAUUAAGAAGAUGGCUAGAGGUUUCAAAGAGAAAUUGGGUGAAGGAGACUAUGGCUUUGUAUUCAAGGGAAAGUUGCGUAGCGGGCCUUUUGUGGCAAUUAAAAUGCUACAUAAAGCAAAAGGUAAUGGCCAAGACUUUAUUAGUGAAAUUGCAACAAUUGGAAGAAUACAUCAUCAAAAUGUAGUACAACUAAUUGGAUAUUGUGCUGAAGGCUCAAAUCGUGCCCUUGUUUAUGAAUUCAUGCCCAAUGGAUCUCUUGACAAAUUUAUUUUUACCAAAGAUGGAAGUAUACAUUUAACAUAUGACGAAAUAUUUAAUAUAGCAAUUGGAGUAGCUCGUGGGAUUGCUUAUCUCCAUCAUGGGUGCGAGAUGCAAAUUUUGCAUUUUGAUAUCAAACCCCAUAACAUCCUUCUUGAUGAAACAUUCACCCCAAAGGUCUCUGACUUUGGAUUGGCAAAACUAUAUCCAAUAGAUAAUAGCAUUGUGACUAUGACAGCGGCAAGAGGGAUAAUUGGGUAUAUGGCUCCAAAAUUAUUUUAUAAAAAUAUUGGAGGAAUAUCCCACAAGGCUGAUGUUUAUAGCUUUGGAAUGCUUUUGAUGGAGAUGGCAAGUAAGAGGAAGAACCUAAAUCCCCAUGCGGAUCAUUCAAGUCAACUUUACUUUCCCUUUUGGAUUUAUAAUCAACUUGGAAAAGAGACAAAUAUAGGAAUGGAAGGUGUCACAGAGGAGGAAAAUAAAAUAGCAAAAAAGAUGAUAAUUGUUUCACUUUGGUGUAUACAGUUGAAACCAACCGAUCGCCUCUCAAUGAAUAAAGUAGUGGAAAUGCUUGAAGGAGACAUUGAAAGCCUGGAAAUACCUCCAAAGCCUUCUUUGUAUCCACAUGAGACAAUGGAAAAUGAUCAAAGCAUCUACUCUAGUCAAACAAUGUCAACAGACUUCAUUAGUUCUUCUAAUUAUUCCAAGGAAAUUUUGACUAAUCCUUUGGUAGAGGAUGCUAUUUGAUAAUGCACAGUAGUUAUGUAUUUGUAUCCACCUUAUUGUCUUGAACACUUGUUCAUCUGUAAUAUUUAUUUUAUCUAAAAGAUUUCCUAUUGUUUUAUCUUUCAAAGU